AAGGCAUUCCAUUUUUCGUCAGUCGGUUCACGGGGAACAUCUAGAAAUUAGCCGAAGUUUUGUUUUAAUAAAAAACCGUGGGUACGAGUUUAAAAUAAAUUGUGUAACGAUGGAAGAUUUUUCUAAACUGCCUGCCAAGUGGUCGGGGGUUGGUUCCUAUGGCAGCCUCCAUUCAUCGCGCGCGCAGAGACGCACAACCACAUGACCUCAUACGGAGGGGGUAGCUGGCAUCAUCCUCCUGGAGAUCAACAGAAGGAGCCGUAACAUCAGAGAGAGAGGAAGCCCUACCACAGCCAUUCUCCCCUCCUCCCCCCCAUCCUCCCUUCUUCUCCCAUCAGACUGACAGAGAGAGAGAGAGAGAGAGUGAGGAAAAGAGUGAGGGAACGUGGGAAAAAAGGGGAGACAUGUACCAAACACUCCUCCUCUCUUCCUCUCUCUUCCUCCUCCAUGUCGCGGCCACUCCACAGUUCCACGGUCAUCACGGGAGGAGAGUGUGUGGCAGAGAUGUCCGUCACAGCAGUGUAGUCAAGAUGACAGAGUCGUUCGUCCAGCCCGUUCACAAGCCCUACAUCACCCUGUGUCAGGGGCACCGCUUCUGCAGCACCUACAAGACAGUGUACAGGGUGGCCUACCGUCAGGUGACCAGAGUGCCGCCAUUCUCACACUCUUAUCCAGAAUGCUGCCCGGGCUGGCGACAACUCCACUCACACAACUGUAACCAAGCGGUGUGUGUCCAGUCCUGUAUGAACGGAGGAACGUGUUUAAGACCCAACCACUGUGCCUGUCCUCUGGGCUGGAUAGGACGACACUGCCAAACAGAUGUGGAUGAGUGCAGUGAGCAGCAGCCCUGUUCUCAUAAGUGUGUGAACAUGGCAGGCAGCUACCGGUGUGUUUGUAGAGAGGGCUACAGGCUGGCAAGGGACAGACACUCUUGUGAGAGCCUUCCUCCUCCUCCUCCUACACCUCCUGCCCCUCCCGCCUCUCCCACCCGCCCUGGCCAGGCAGCAGCAAACGAUUACAGACCCCCCUCCAGUGAUACAGGUGGAAGGGUCACAGAGGAGGUACAGAGCCUGAAGAACAGAGUAGAGCUGCUCGAGCAGAAGCUCCAGUUGGUCCUAGCCCCCUUCACCAGUCUGUUCCCCAUGUCGCUGGACGAGGGCAUGUCUGACAAGACCAGCUUCCUGUCUCACUCCUUUCAGCAGCUGGACCGCAUCGACUCGCUCAGCGAACAAAUCGGCUUCCUCGAGGAACGCCUCGGUACCUGUUCCUGCCAGGAAAAUUAGACACAGAACAUGACUGGGUGAAAACCAACCAGACAUCUCCACAGUCUGAAUCCACAACACAAUAACAAUAGGAAUGGAAUGUUUGCCCCAGCCCAGGGAUAUGGUAGGAGGAAGAAAGUUAGCAGAACAUAGGCCUACUCAACGUUUGUGCAUUCAUGUUCAUGUACCAGCCCAAAGACUUGCUCUCGAGAACCCAAGGUAUUAACAAGACAUUCUGCCUUAUCUCAAGGGUUCUCAGCUAUAAACACUAGUUACCGGUAGCACCAUGUGAACUACAAUCUCAACGCUGUUUUAACAUUUAGAAACGUCCAUAAUCAUCGCUUCCGAUACGGUUUCUGAAACCUAGAAAACGUAUCUUUCAUAUCAGCGGGAAUGAAUCUUUCAAAUAAAAAAGAUACUUACUGAAACAGGUUUGCCCAGAUCCUUACGUCUGUGUGCCUCCAGCCUUCAAACUACACUUCCUCCCCAGUUACGCUUACACACAGGUUUUCGAACACACUCUAGAUAGCUAGUUAGCACAGGUGGUCGUCUCUGUCCACCAUCUGUCUUCCGCAAACAAGCGCUGCAACAUGGAGAUAUGGCUGUGUGCAUGGGAACACUCACCCUAACCAUAUAAAAGGUGUGUAGUAAUUUAACCUUUUUGGUUUUUUUACAAUUAUUUCUCGCUGAUAUGAAAGAUCCUUAUGUUUCCCAAACCGUACCACAAGCGAUGUGCGUUAACAUUCAGAACGAGGCUCUUAACAAGAACGGGGCUCUAACAAAGCUCCCCUGGCCAGAAGAUACCGCCAUGAAUAGACGCUAAAAGUAGUUUGUGUGUAUGUUUCAGGGUUCAUUGAGUGGCGCAGCAGUCUAAGGCACUGCAUCACUACAGAUCCGGGUUCGAGUCCUAUAGGGCGGCGCACAAUUGGCCCUGCGUCGUCUGUGUUAGGGGAGGGUUUGACCGGGGUAGGCUGUCAUUGUAAUUACAAAUUUGUUCUUAACUGACUUGCCUAGUUAAAUAAAAGUUAAAAUAAAUGAGCUAGCCAAAGACUAGCUCUAUGAUGGGCAAACCUGUCAUGUGCUGAGUCUCUUUUCUCUCCCAACAGCAUGAUUUCAUGUCUUUACAUUGCUGUUCUACCAAAAGAUAUAGAAUAGCGUAACAUCAGUACCUGUGGCAGGGUUACUGGGGCCUCGUUCUCCCAUUACCACAUUACUGGACAAUCUGAGAGUCUAAGGUCAAACAGCCAUUUUGACUAUGAUGUAUCUGGUUUCCGUGUCUUAGGUUCACAUCAGUGCAGCUGGUUUCACUGUCAGAGCCCCCAUGGUGGGUCUCGCAUGGACAUCUGUAUUUAUCUAUUUAAGUUAUAAUUCCUUGUGCUUAUCUCAGAGCUACAAUAGACAGUUGGCUUUUUUCAAAUCUUUUUUUUUUUUUUUUACAUAGCUUUGUACCUUUUGUAAUAAAAUGGAUCAAUUAAAAA